AUGGAAAGAGUGUGCGCCUGUGAUGAACAGUUGUCCGUGGAAGAAGCCUUGGCUCUUGCGGUUGAAGUCUUCAACAGUAGAGAGCAAGUGAGGGGCUUCACGCCCAUACAACACGCGUUCGGGCGGAACCCGGACGUGACAGGACGCCUCAUUCAUCGUGCCGAGCAGAUCCCGGACGAGGCCUUGGUGGAGAACGCGUCAGAGGAUUUUGCCCGAGUUGCACAGACCCGGGCAGAUGCAGAGAAGGCCUUGUGCGACUGGCAGGCCCGUCAGAGGAUUAGAGUCGCGCCAUGCAUUCCCGGAGCAGGAAAGUGGGAAGAGCCGGCGAGCACCAGGGACGACGAGAAGCCGAUGGUUCACACAGGCUUUAGCAGCGGGGAACCACGGAGACGGGACCCCCUGGACGUUCAAUCGCCUCGCGGAGUCGGCGGAAAUCGUUUCGAGGAUAUCUCGGGAGAGCGGCCAGCCCUCAGUGAGUGGCACAGGGCCCAAGACCCCACCGAGGAGGAGCCGCCUACCAGGUUUCGCGUACGCGGAAAGCGAGCCGCGCCAGACCAGUCGGAGGAUGCCACCAUGGAGCCGACAGCGACAGCGGAGGAGCCCUCACAGCCUAGCAGACCUUCCCGGCCUCGCCUCGCAGGACAAGGCAGGGUAAGGGAGGAAGCUCAGGAAGCUUGGUGGGCUACCAUCCCCGACGAGCACUUCGCUACAGCUUCAAGUUUCUGGGCAGACGACAAGGCCGCUGUGGAGGUGGCCAUCGACAUGCCAGAGACCCCGAAAGGGCUACAGGCAGCUACGCGGGACUUGACAGGCUACUGCGUGAGCGCGCUGAAACGGCGCGCCGUCGAGGUCAGCGAGAAACGUCUCGCUGAAGGCGAAAAGGAGGCUUUCCGAGAGGCUAAAGCUACUGAGGUACGCAACUUUGUUGCCUCGCAGGCCUUUGAGGCCCUCCCUGAGGGGCCCAAGCCAGACAAGGGCACUGCUGUGGGAAUGAGGCUACCAAGACCCAAGCUAUGCUCACCGAUCGACGACAUCUCCAGUGAUGACCAGGCAGACGCGACAGCCGGGAUUAUCCUGAUCGUCUACUUUGCGUUCCCUGCGACGAGAUCUGUGCAGCCAUGCAUGGAACGUUGCUGGUCGGACGCAUGCUCGUGGGUGCUCCGAAAAGAGAGAGAUGAACGGGAUGAGGAUUGGAACCGACUCAUCAAGGCUAUUCAGGUCACUCGUGAAGGGAAUUGUUUCCGGUUAUCCCAGCCAGCCUACGUGGAAGCCAUUCCGGAAAUCUACGUGAGACUCCUCGGGGCGAUCAGCUGGCAUGCCCAGCAAGUCUCCCCACAUGCUUCAGCCGAGAUGAGCCUGCUGUUAUCGGAAGUCUGUGUGAGCCGUGUAAGCACCAUCCUCCAAGCCAACAAGCUUCUCCAAUCCAUCAAAGCUAAGAAGAACCACUCCCUCCGGAUACAUGAUUUCAACGAGGACGAGGAACUGGGCAUGUUUGCCUGGGUUGAUGCCGGUUCGCAGAACCGGCCUGAUGGCAGUGGAACCAUGGGGAUUGUCGUAGGCAUCGCUCCCUUGAACAUGCUGCAAGGUGAAGUAGGGCGUGUGUCGGUCAUGUCAUGGCAUUCCAAUAAGAUCGAGCGUAGUUGUAGGAGUCCUGGAGCCGCCGAAUGUCAAGCGGCCAUUCACGGAGAGGAUAUUCUCUACUACUCGAGAUACCAAUGGAGUGAAUUGUGGCAUGGUGAUGUUGAUGUGAGGGACCCCAAUGCCUGUGUCUUGAAAGUCCCCGGGACCCUAGUGACUGACUCUAGGAACGUGUAUGACAAGCUAGCAACAGAAGUUCUCUCAAUCAAAGGAGCUGAACGGAAGUCGAACCUAGAGCUCUUGAGUGUGAAAGAGGCACAGAUGCGUACCCAACUACAAGUGCGCUGGGUACACUCGGAGGCGCAGCUCGCGAACUCCUUGACGAAACAGAACGGCGGCCACGAGCUGGAACUGUUCUACCGGAUGAACCAAGCAUGGCGAAUAGUGGAGGACCCGACAAUGAGAUCAGCAAGGAAGCGCAAAGCAGAUGGAGUACCACCGUUGGCGAGCACCAGUUCACACGUGGGUGAUGCUUCCAAG